AUGACGCUUGGCGGGACAGCUUCCGAUGUGACCAUCUGGAGGAUCGGGCAUGGCUUGAUGAUGAUGACGUGGGGAAGGCCGGACAUCGUCUGUGACGACGACGCCUUCGAUGCCAUCAAAUCCGGUAUCGACGCACUCCCUCCUGGCAUGAAGAUGAUGCUCAACAGCGGUGAGUUCUAUGGCCCCCAGCUGUCCAUUGCAAACGUCGAGCUCCUCGCUCGCUUCUUCGAGAAGUACCCGGAGUAUGCCGACAGGACCUUCCUCUCCGUCAAGGGUGGGUUCAGAUACCGCAGCCUCGAGGUGGACUCCUCGCCGGACAACCUCAAGCGCAGCAUUGACGCAAUCAACGCCGCCCUGCGCGGCACCAAGCGUCUGGACCUGUUUCAGUCCGCGCGCGUAGACUCCAACAUCCCCAUCGAGGAGGUCGUGCGCACCCUCGCGGGGUACGUCAAGGAUGGCCUGUUCGACCACAUUGGUUUGUCCGAAUGCAGCGCCGAGACGCUGAGGCGAGCGCACACAGUGCAUCCCAUCGCGGUGGUCGAGAUCGAGAUCAGCCCAUGGACGUAUGAGGAAGAGACGAAGAAGGUUAUCGCGACGGCGCAGGAACUCGGCGUGACCAUCGCCGCGUAUUCUCCGCUGGGUCGGGGCUUCCUGACUGGCAUCAUCAAGAGCCCGAGCGACUUGGCAGACGGAGACAUGCGGCAAAGCAUGACGCGCUACAACGAUGAGAAUUUCGCGCACAAUUUCAUGCUCGUCGACGCUCUCAAGGUGAUCGCCAACAAGAAGGGCGUGACCCCUGCGCAGCUGUGCAUUGCGUGGGUAUGCUCGCUCGGCACGCACAUCGCGCCCAUCCCUGGCUCCUCGAACAAGAAGCGCACGCUCGAGAACCUUGCCGCGGGCGACGUCGGGCUCACGACAGACGAAAAGGCCUCGAUCGACGCGGUCAUCGCGGGGCACGAGGUCAAAGGGGAUCGCUACUUUGGCGACCCGAACGCACAUAUUUGGGGCUGA